GACCGCGUAACCCCGAUUCCCGAUGACUCCACCCUAUCUUUUCCCCCCUUGAUACCGUCACCCCACCUUUUCUUAAAGCCCCACCGACUGUCGCCCCCCUCCCGCGUGGGAAGCUCACCCCCAUCGACGGCCUUCAUACUCCUCCUCCUCAAACCUAGAUCUAACCUAACCCUAGAACUAACUUUUCACCCAUCAACUCCGCGACCUUAAAGCUACAACCUUUAGUACCUUAAAACUAGCAUUCUAAAUGGGUUGUUCGGGGUCGAAGCUGAGAGCUGGAGGCGGUGGCGCUGUGCGAGGCCGCACCGACCUCCUAGCCAUGCGUCCGCCACCGCUACGCCCUCGCCGACGCCCACAACGCUACGCCUUCUCUCCUCCGCUCCGUCGGCUCCUCCUUCCACCGCUUCAUCGACUGCGCCGGCAGCCACGAGGCCUUGCCCCCCUCCCUCCUCCUCCUCUCCCGCCCUCCUCUGCCAGCUCGGCGAAAGGGCGAUCCUUCGCCUCCGCCGCCGCCGCCGCAGCAGCAGCAGCAGCAUUCGAGGUCGCACUCCGGCUCUGGUCCCACAUCCAGUUCCACUCUUCUGAUGACGAGGAGGACGGCGGUUCUGGUGCGGACGACCCCGAUUCCCAGCUCCACUCGGGGAAUUUGUCGCCCGAUCGGUACCAUUUUCAUCAAGAACACGAAACCUGGGUUCCCACCUCCGUCAAUUUCAACUACGCGCGCGAUCAGCCUCAGCCUUCUACUGUUCACUUCGCCAACGUCGGCGGCCGUCAGCGGCGGCGAUCCUUCAUCCUCUGCUUCCCCUCCGGCCGGCAUAUCCUAAUUAUAGCAACUACCCUUACUCUUAUCCUCACGCAUAUCCCACCAACAAUUACUAUGGUUUUUUGGGAAUUCUUCGGCCUUUCUCCCCCAAAUUUAGCUCCGCCUCCGGCGUUCGGUUCCGCGGCGGACAGCUCGGCGCCUUCGACCUCAAAGCCGCCUCCACCGCCGCCGUCGCCUCCAAGAGUGUCCACUUGGGACUUUUUGGAUCCCUUUGGGGCUCAAGAAACUUAUUACCCUUCUUAUCCCCCGAGUCGAGCUAGCCGGAGCUCGAGGGAGGUAAGGGAUGAAGAGGGGAUCCCUGACUUGGAGGAGGAGGAUGAUGAUGUUGACGAGGUUGUUAAGGAGGUCUAUGGAGAGCAGAAGUUUGUGGGGUCUACUACUAGAGAGUAUAAUGGGAACGAGGAUCGGAUUGGGGGUGUUGGAGAGAAUUCGAGGUCAGUAGAGGUGGAGAAUGAGGAGAAUGUUGUGGAGAAGAAAGUGGUUGCUGAUGAUUCUCAGCAGCAGAAUGUGGCAGCGAGUUCUAGUAAGCCGAGGAAGUAUUCGGAUAUUUCUGAGAUUGGAAGUGAGAUUAGGGUUCAGUUCGAUAGGGCAUCGGAUGCAGCUACAGAACUGUCGAAGAUGCUUGAGGUUGGAAAGCAUCCAUAUCGCUUCCGGAAGAGUUCUGUUAUUGAAGUUUCUUCGAGGAUGAUGUGUGUGAUGCCUCCCUCUACUUCAAAUGGGGAAGAUUUCUUGAACUUUGAGGAGGAUAUUGUGUCUAGUUCAAAGAAUCUCUCUUCGAUACUGCAAAAAUUGUAUAUUUGGGAGAAAAAGCUUCAGGAUGAAGUUAAGGCUGAAGAAAAAAUGAGGCUACUUCAUGAAAGAAACAGCAAACGCCUGAGGCAUCUGGCUGAAAGAGGUGCUGAGGCCCAAAAGCUUGAAGAGGUUCAAAAUUUGAUCAGGAAGUUGUCAACCAAAAUAAGAAUAAGGAUUCAAGUUGUUGAUUCCAUAUCAAAUAAGAUAAAUAAGCUAAGGGAUGAAGAGUUGUGGCCGCAGAUUGAUGAACUUAUUCAGGGAUCAUUGAGAAUGUGGAAAAAUAAGUUAGAAUGUCAUCGGAUACAGUGUCAAGCUAUAUCAAAAGCCAAAGGUCUGGAUUCAAUUGCAAAUGGUGGCAAGCUCGAUGAUGUUCAGCUGCGCGCAAUGAUGGAUCUCGAACUGGAGGUACUGAGGUUGACUGGCAAUUUUGCGUCUUGGAUCAGCUCACAGAAAAACUAUGUGAGAGCUUUGAAUGGAUGGCUUGUAUUAUGUCUUCACUAUGAACCUGAAGUAACAGCUGAUGGGGUUCCCCCUUAUUCUCCUGGAAGAAUAGGUGCUCCUCCUGUGUUUGUGAUCUGUAAUUCAUGGUCACAAGCAGUGGAUAGGAUAUCCGAGAUGGAAGUCAUUAAUGCUAUGAAGGCUUUUGCCGCUCGUUUGAGACAUCUCUGGGAGCAAAACAGUGUUGAUCCAAAGCAAAGGAUGAUGCCAAAUGGGGAUAUGGAAAGAUCGAUUAGAGCUCGAGAAAGAGAGGUCCAAAUUGUUAACAAGGAAGUAGAUGCACUCAACAAGAAAUUGGCCCUUGUUUCUGGCCAGAGCGAACUUCCAAACUACUCUUCUGAAGAGAACAGUCAGCAGUUAGGUCUGAAACAGAUCUUUGAAGCCUUGGAAAAUUUUGCAGCCAACUCUUUUAAGGCCUAUGAGGAACUUCACAUUCGUUCAGAAGAAGAAAAAGUGGCUUGGGAGAAUACCAAAUUGAGUGGCUAGGGAAAAUGUCGAUGUUCCUAGGUGUCUUCAGCAGUUGAAGACAAUGGGAGAAACCAAAUUGAGUGGCUAGGGAAAAUGUCGAUGUUCCUAGGUGUCUUCAGCAGUUGAUUAACUAUGAACAAGACAUUAUUUGUCAUGAGUUGGCGCAAGCACAAGGAGUCAAAAGUGUUUCAGGUCUUUAUGGAGACCAUACAGGUACUUGUGGAGGAGUGAAACACAGUGGCUUAGGGCUGUGGCCUUAAUCUUUGGUAAUUGAGCUUUUCCACCUGUCCAUUAAGUCAUGGGUGUAAGUAACAGUCAAAACACAUUCCUUAACUUUAUACUGAAUUAGAAAAAAUGAGAUAAAAACCAGGAAUAUCCCCGAUAUUCGGGUGCAGCAAAUGAAUAAUGCAUCAUCCAAUAGUCACCUUGACUGCUGUUCCAUGAAGGCUUAAUUGGCAUCUCACUUUUUGAAUAAAUUGGGUAUGAUGCAUUCCAAAAGAUUAUUUGGGCUCUUGGUUGACAGCAGUCGAAGAAGCAAUGACAAGCAUUUCGAUGUCACGUCUCAAUUGCUGAAUUUCAUGUAUGUUUGGUUUCUAAUUUGCUGGUGCCCAUAGAAAGCUUUCUCUCCGUUGCCCAAGUUGUGGGUUAACCUGAGAGCUGAGUGCUUUGCUUCAGAAGCGUAGGCAAAUAUGGGAUUGACACUGGGUUGACAGCAAGGUGGAAUGUAUGGACAGCAUAACAUCUGAGGAAUGGCUAAAUCUGCUAGUCUCUAAGCAAGGCGCCAAGGAUUGCACUCUGGUGGAGCUCCUCCAUGAAUGCAGCUGAGGUAUUGCAGGGAAUUAUGACAUUUCUACUGGCCCCAAUAGUGUGUCACUGAUUACUUGUUUGCUGGCUUCAAGGCUGUAAACGUUUGUAGGCAUUUGAGCAUGCAUCAUAGCGUGCGCGUGUAUAAUGUUAUAUUAUGUGCAUUUCAGGAGUUCUUCCUCUCUUGCUUAAAAGAUGCGGGCUGAUCUCGAGUAUGAAUUUACUCAAACUAGCUUGUUGACGAGCUUCGCUGUGUCUUUUAUAUCGUUUUAGCUUUGCAUGGUUGACAAGCUCAGCUAUCUGACAAAGUGAGAUUAGGAAGUGCAGUAAGCUUGAUUAAGCUAUUUGAUC